AUGGCUGGGAACGGCCGCGGGAGAAGCAGUGGUAGCAAUGCCCGGUUAACGGGGGCCUCAAUCAGCGCGGCGGCUGCCGGAGGGGGAUCGGCCGGGCCGAUGUACUCUCUCCGAGAGCGGGUACCUUCUUCCUCCCACUCACCCGCCUGCUCUUCUCUCGCAGUUUCUUCCCCUGGGGCCUCCUCCUCGUUUCCUUCUUGUCGUUUCCAUCACUGGUGAGCCCCACGAUCUGGCCAGUGAUUCACGUGCAUCUUUGAUUUUAUAGUCUUCAUCGUCUUCUCUCGAUUUCGCCAUAUUAUCCUUGCGCGUUCUUUUUUCGUGAAAAACGAGUCACAAAAAGAAACGAACUGAUCGAGCUCGAUCUCAUCAUCCACGGCCGUAGUUAUCUUUUUCUUCGUAAUCUUCUGUGCUCGAGGUUCCCCUUCCCUCUCUUGGGAUCUCCUGUUAGGUCUAUGCUCAACCCCGAACUGGAUGAUCGGAAAUCCCAUCGCCUCUGCCGUUAGGCCUUCUUGGACUUCCCAGAUCGCGGUGUAGUUGAGGUUCUAGGAUUGGGCGCUUGGAGUUUCAGACAGGUGAUGCUACUCCGAUUUCUGUCGGUUCAACGAUAUUCAUCUCCUUGCUCUUUCAGUAUCUCGUAAUAUCUUGAACGACUUUCUCCGUUGUGAUUGAGUAGCUAUCCUGAUAUUUCAUUCUUCCAGGUGGGGAGCAUUAUCCUCACCAUUUCUACGCAUUGAGGAUUCUCUGUCACCAUCCAUGUCUUCUUCCCUCAGUAUGAUAUGGGAUCAGAUUAGCCACCAGGGUUUUCCGCUGAACUUGAUCCGAAAAGUGUGUUCUCCUUGUGCUUGACGCCCUCCAAAUCCUCUCGUUCUGGCCUGCAAGAAAUUUCUCCAUUCUUGAACGGCUACACCCUCUUCGUUGUUCUUCGGAUCUUCUCGCCCAGGAGAAGCAGCAAUCGAUGGAUGGUCAACACCAAUCCGUUUCAUGCGGCGAUAGCCUCAUCAUCAUCUUCUCUUAUCUGUUCUGUCACCAAGAAGGCAUUUUCUAGGCUCAGUUCGUGACCAUUGAUUUCCCACCUUCAGCUUCAUCAGAAAAAAGAAAAAGAAAAAGAAAAAAAAAGAUUGGUCUUUCUUAUUAUCCCCCUCUCUCUGUAGAUAGAUAGAUAGAUAGAUAGAUAUGAUAUGAUAUUAAAAGAUUAAUGUAGAUAUAGAUUUAUGUUGACCGCUGUGUGUUUUUGUAGUCAACCAGGUGGGGAAGGUGCUUCGGGGGCCUUUCCUGCUUCGGAUCGCAGAAGCGGGGGAAGAGGGUCGUCCCUUCCUCCCGCAUUCUCGACGGAGCCGCCUCCGGCGGCCAUGGAAGCGGCCCUCAGUCAGCCGGCCUCCCCUCCCACAGUACAGCUCUGACCCUAACUCCAUCUCUUCUUGCUCCUCCGUCCUCCCCAGCCUCCUUCACCCACUCUUCCCUCCCCUCCACCGCCCAGUCCCCGAGCUGCUUCCUCUCCAUAUCUGCAAAUUCCCCCGGCAACCCGUCGUCCACCAUGUUCGCCACCGGCCCCUACGCCCACGAAACCCAGCUGGUCUCCCCCCCUGUUUUCUCCACCUUCACCACCGAGCCCUCCACCGCUCCUCUGACCCCGCCGCCGGAGCUUGCCCAUCUGACCACCCCUUCCUCCCCCGACGUCCCCUACGCCCAGUUCCUCUCCUCCGCCGGCGGCGGCGCCGCCUUCGUCUCCGACGACCUCCAGUCCACAUACCCGCUCUACCCAGGAAGCCCUUCCGGCAGCUUCCUCUCGCUGGCGACGGGGACACCGGGGGGAGGAUCGUCUUCUUCCCUCUACGGCCAAGAAUCUCCUCCGACCCAGUCCUCCAGGCUCUUCGCUGCCGGCAGCUUUUCGCCGUCGGCAGAGUCCGGCAUCUUCUUCUCCGCCUCCUCCGCGCAGUUCUUCCUGGACCAGGCCGCCCAGCUCUCCUACGGCCACUGCCAUGGCGGACGCAGGCAAAGCAAGGCCUGCAAGCAGGACGCGGAGGAGCUCGAAGCCUACCGCGCGUCGUUCGGGUUCAGCGCCGACGAGCUCACCGCCGCCGCACAGAGCUACGUGGAGAUAUCCGACCAAGCCGACGACUGCUCUUCCUUCACCAUGUCCCCCUUCGCAGACGCCGCCGCCGCCGACAAGCCCUGCGCAGAGCCAUGGCCGACCAUGGAGAGGACCUCCAUCUUUCUCAGAUCACACAGACCCGACUCUGCCAGCCCACCCUUCGAACCCAGAGGUGCACAGAACAGCCCCCAACUCUGUCUCUGUCUCUGUCUCUGUCUGUCUGUCUCUCUCUCUCUCUCUCUCUCUCUCUCUCUCUCUCUCUCUCUCUCUCUCUCUCUCUCGCUUACUGACUGCUGCUGGUGCUGCUGCGUGUCUCAGGGCCUAAGCUGCGCGCUCAAGGGAGGUGUCGGCACUAUCUCACCGACGAGGACGAGGACGAGGACGAGCCACAUCCGAAGAUGUGGGGGACGAAGGGCGGCGGCAGGGGGAUCUACCUCUCCUUGUCCGACGCCGAGGUUGACUACCAAAAAUCGAAGAGCUGGGGAGAACAGCGCCGCAUCUUCUUACAAGGCCAUUGCUGA